CCCAGAGAAAAGAGGAGAAGGACGUGUUGGAGUUGUAAAAUCGAGGUAGCCACCGAGAUGCAGAUCAGAUGAAAGCGUGUCCCCGGGUCUAAUGAUUUCGCGUAAUAGGUUGAAAAGGAAAAGGGAAGGAAAAGAAGAAGCGAAAACGGCCACCAUGACAGCGCUUCGUCGAUGGGAAAAUGCUGGCCAGAAAUGCAGCAUGUAUGCAUACCACCACCUGCUCAACAAGUAGCCCCGGCUCGAACGAUGGCUCAGCCGACUAUUAAAAAAAUCGUUGAGACAGCCUCCAUGCAUGGUCAGCCGUCGCCAAACAAGCCCAGACGUUCCACCGCCUGCUGGUUCCGUCCAGUUCGAGCUGACAUCAGCGCCUUUCAAGUUCCACGAAUGAUGCCAGUUAUUGUCGGAAGAAGUCGUUUUUCUUCAAGUGCCAGGCAAUCCGAAUUCCCAAAUGUGGCCAUUUGCCCUUUUGUCGCGCGGUGGUCCAGGAUUAAAACCGGUCGAUCUGUGCCACUGCAGGUGCUGGAGAGUCCAAACGGGAAAUCCGGGAAUAGGCGAGCUGAACAAAGCAGGGAAUAUCGCUCCAGAUUGCCGGCGGGCCGCGGAACGCAACCAAGGAAACUGGGUUGGCGGUGCGGGAUUCACCAAAACGAAAAGGAAACGGUCUGAGGUAGUGUUGUUUAAUAGUUGAUAUUGUAGAAAUUGAAAAGAAAAAUCAUGUCGAAUUGCAAACGCUCAAAAAGCCACCCCAUUCGAGCCGCGCUUUUAAUGCACCUGCACUGUGCGUGCAGAUAGUUACGUGCAGCGGCCAAGAGAGAAUCGAUACCGGAAUAACGGGUAAGUAGAAGGGAGUUU